AAUGUCUUUUGUUGAGAUCUUUCUUUCAAAGGCCAUUCUUGUCCGUUGACGACAACAAUGGAAGGAUGACUAACUUUUUCUGAAACUUUUAACAUCUAAAAUAAGCAGUCAUCUUUUGUAUGACGCAGUUCCCGAACCCAGGCAAAGUUGUUGGGCUUAUAGAUGUAGUUAUCGCCCAGUCGGCCUACAAUGCAUACGUUAUUUAAGGGAAGUUGAAAAAUGUGCCAUCUGUCUUGAGCAUUCAAAUCCUCAUUGGCUUCAACAUUCUUGUGUGGGCUAUUGCAGGGAAUGUAAUUUGGCUUGUCAAUGGGAGCAUUUAAGCACCAACGUUGUUUGAGAAGCCUUGUGACGCCUAUACCGCCAUUGCCAACUUAUCAAGGCCCGGAGAGCAUAAGUGUGCGUGCAUCUGUCGUGUAUCGGAAAUAGUUCCUCAUCUUCUCCUUACAAAGUAAUAAAGAUGUGGCUGCGUUGGUGGGGUCAGAGUGCAGCCGGGAUCUAGAGGGAUAACUGAGGGGUGGGUGGAUCCCUCGGUGUUGGACGAGUCAAGGAGAAAAUAGCCUCCGUGCAGCUCCAUCUGUCUGAACUGCCCGCCGAUGACGCCAGGCUCUAGAGAGUUAGAACUGUUAACAGUCACAUGGUAGCGGGAAGCCCUUCAAAAACAUCUCCGCUCCAAGCCAGGGGCCUCACUUGUCCCCACUUGUCCCCUGACUGCGAGCCAACCGCAGGUCUGAGAGCAUCUCGAUUGUCUCCCUGGGACCUCGCUGCCUCUUCGAGCAAGAACAACACCAUGUCGGUCGCUGAGGAGAACGUGGAGGAGUACGAGCAAGAGGAGGAAGAGGAGCCGACAGACGCCGGACCGGAAAGGAGCGAGGAGGAGGAGCGGGAUCAAGGCGAGGGGGACUCAAAGUGGCGUCCUAAGACCACCUACAUCCCCAACAUCGCGCCGCCCAAGCUCCCGGACGGCGAGAAGGUGGACUUCGACGACCUCCACCGCAAGCGUGUGGAGAAGGACGUGAACGACCUGCAGUCGCUGAUCCACCUGCACUUCUCCACCCGGGAGAAGGAAGAGGAGGACCUCGUCUCCCUGAGGGAGCGCAUCGAGAGCCGCCGCUCGGACCGCAACGAGCAGGUGCGGGUCCGCGGCGAGCAGGAGCGCCAGCGGCAGGCGCGGCUCGCCGAGGAGCGGGCGCGGCGCGAGGAGGAGGCGGCGGCCAAGCUGCGCGCCGACGACGACGCCAAGAAGAAGCUGAUGUUCACCAACAAGUCGUUCGGCAGCUACCUGCAGAAGCAGGACGCGGCGCGCAAGGGCAAGAAGCUCACGGCGCGCGAGGAGAAGAGGAAGGCGCUGUCGGAGCGACGCAAGCCGCUGAACAUCGACCACCUGAACCAGGACAAGCUGGCCGAGAAGGCCCAGGAGCUGUGGGCGUGGCUGCACCAGCUGCACGCAGACAAGUUUGAGCUGGCCGAGAAGCUCAAGAAGCAGAAGUACGACAUCGCCCUCCUCCGGAACCGCGUCAGCGACCACCAGAGAGGCUCCAAGGCGGCCAAGACGACCCGCGGAGCCAAGGGCAAGUCCGGGUCCUGGAAGUGAUCUGUGUGUAGGCUGAGGGCGUCACUCUGCGGUGGCGUCACUCUGCGGUGGCACUGUCACGAGCUGCCAUGCUUCUGUUUUGUGGCUGUUUUUUAUGGACUAUUUUACCCCCCACUGCUUUGGAUGACUCUUUUACCACCUGUGGUGUGACUAUGGAUUUGUUUGAUUGCAGGCAAUUUGGACUAAGAGGGUGUGAAUCAGACCACAUCACUUACAAUCACCGUUUUUUUUCUCGCUCCCUCUCUUGGUAUUCCAUCCAUUGUUAUAUAAUUGUUUGAAUUGUUUGUUGUAUAAUUAGAGUGUAUAAUGAGCAGAAAAACUAUUUUUUUUGCACAUGGAUUGGGAAAGUGAUUAAAAUCGAGCACA